AUUUAACUUAUUUAGCUUACAAAACGCAUUGCCAGGAAUUUAUGAAUAUGCAGCAACCAAGAAACCUCUUUACAUACUUCUCUAGAAUCGUGCAGCUGAGAACGGCGGAGGGGGUGCUGCGCCUCGGCGGCGGAGCGGCGGUCACCAGGUGGUCGCCUGCUGGGGGAGCAGCUCUGUUCGCGACGGUAACGGCCGACAGAUUGGGGACCAAAAACGAUUUUGGAAAGAGGAAGAUUAGUUUGUGCAGUACACGUUCAGAAGCAACAGAGAAGAAGAAGAGUUUGACAGAUAAGAAAUGUGUACCAUGCAAUCUGAAGGAGUUGCGGCCCAUGAGUGAGGGUGCAGCACACACUCUAAUGCCACAGGUUGCUGAGUGGAAUUUGGUAAACGAUGAUGGUGUCAUGAAGCUGAGGCGGUCAUGGACAGUGAAGACUUUCACCAAAGGAUUGGAAUUUUUCAGGGUAGUAGCUGUUCUUGCUGAAAGUGAAGGUCAUCAUCCUGAUCUUCACCUUGUUGGCUGGAAUAAUGUUACUAUUGAGAUUUGGACUCAUGCUGUUGGUGGGCUGACAGAAAACGACUUCAUACUUGCUGCUAAGAUUGAUAAGCUCGAUGUUCUUAACCUACUGAGACGGAAGCCUACAGACUGAGUCAACAAUGUUAAGGAGUAUUAGCAAGAACUAUUACAUGUCUAUUUGCAGUAAUAUUUUGUUUUAAGAAUUAGGACAUGGAGCAUAUCACAGCAUCGAGUUCUUUUUUUCACUUUUCAGGGUAUUAAUACAUUUUCAUUUCUAUAUUUGCCUGAAACUAAGUAUAGAAUAUCUGGAAUGAUCCUUUUCACCUAAAAGCCUGUUAAUGCUUGUGAUCACACUUCGCGUAUUUGAGAUACAAAAGCUAUAAUAAAUUCUUUUUAAGAAUAAAGUAAA